AUCUUAAAUUGUUUUUUUAAUAAUUAUGUUGUUAGAAUAGCAUAUUGUUAGUCUGAAACUAUUAUACACAGAGAUGCACACAAAUAAUUGUUAAUUUUUUGUUGUUAGGGACCAAAAUUUUCAGCAUUAGAAAAAAGAAAUAAAUGUAUACAAAAUUAGAAUUGGAAAGGUCAACAUGAACUCACUGAAAUUUAUUUUAAAAGAAUCUAUUCUGGUGGUUUUAAGCAUAAAGGCAUUUAUGAGAGAGUAUCAAAGUAUUACAAGGUCUGCAGAAGGAGAUUCAGAGCUAAGCGUCCAGAAACAAUGCCUGCAUCAGAUAUUUUUCUAGAUGCCUGAAGAGGGAAAAAAUCUUAAUCUGAUGUUGCAGCUAAUGGUUUGCUUCAGUAUGACACAAAUCUGAUGCUUGAAUGUACAGUCUUGACCCAGAAAUUGCAGUGUUACUAUGGGAUCUAAUCAUUGCUAUCAUUUGUUUUUCUUUCACUGAGUUUACUAAACCUACAUAAAGGUUUCCACUAAACAUCAAACGGUUCCUGAUGUGAUGCCUACUGAAAGGCUAAACUCAAUCUGUUAGCCUGCAAAUGUGGGACAGACUCUUUCACUGAGUUGUAACUUUUCUCUUGUGUUUAGGCUUGGAUCGUUUGGAUCCAAUCCUUGCAGCCUGAAUGCCUUUUUUUUUAUAUAAUAGAACAUUUAUAUUGGCAAAUUCUUUAAAAAAGGAGCUGAGAAUUUGCAGACCUGCUGCAGCUUACCUUAAAACUUUUUCAAAGCAUCAUUAAACCAAACAAGCCAUUAAAAAGUACUAAACUGGGCAUGUGUAUAUGUAUAACUGAUUCACUUUGUUAUAAAGCAGAAACACACCAUUGUAAAGCAAUUAUACUCCAAUAAAGAUGUAAAAAAAAAAAAAAAAGAAAUGAUGCACUUACAUUUGAUCUUGGUAUGAUCUCCUCUUAAGGCAGAGCUCUACCAGGAGCUUUAGGUUGCAUUCCUGGCCCUACUGAUGUGAAACCCAGUGAGAUGAACUACUUUUCAGAGCCUGUCUAGGCCUCCUGAAAAUGAAAAGCAAUGUGUGUGAUGAAAAGAUGAGCAUGACCUCUGGGGAUUUUAAGCUUCAUGAUGAUUUAAUAGCAAAUCAUUGUAUAUUCAGCAGACUUGACUUUCCCAAUAAACAUUUACUUUAAAGGAGAAAAAAAAAAAAGUACUAAAUUGGGAAUAUAGGGUCAACAAUAAGGGGAUAAGAAAGAUUUGGAAAGGAAGGCCAAGUUAAAGAGUCAAUGAAGCAUCAUCUGGAGAAAUGGUUUAAGACGUGUUCCUGUUGAAGCUUACUUAUGUGUGCCUACUUGGCAAAAAGUGUGGAUCAGUCAUUCAAAUCUAAACAUCAAGGGACAGAAUAAAAAACACAAUCAUGUAAAAUACUGAUCCUAUCCCACUCUCCACUGUCACUUUCACCUGAUAGAAAUCUUUCGUCGGCUCUGCAGCAUUAACAAGUAGGAGCUGGAGCUUCAUGACGGCUCUUCUUUGCCUAUUCCUUUCCAACUGGACAGGAUGUCAACCCAACCAUGUUAUAGACAUUGAUAAAUGGCUGCUUUUUUCCCCGUGGGCUCAGAAUGAAAGAUCUGGUUUUCAUGGAGUUAACAAGAGCUAGGGGGGAGGGAGGGGAGCCAAGAGCAGAAGAAUGGUGGAAGAGAAUGAGUCCACAUAGUUUUACGUAGUUGGAAAUGGAAGAUACAGGGACUUAAUGACUUCUGUGACCCUGAAUACCUCUAUUAUUCUUUCAAUUUUCAGAAAAGAUAAAUUGUACUCCUAUGUGGAAACGAUACAUCUACUGGUUCUGAGCUGUCAUUUAUCUUACACUACUCUUCAGUCUCUAUACCAGUAUUUUAGAAGUUGUCUUGAGUGAGCAGUAAUCAGUUCCUCUAGGUGCCGUCUAGUUGCUGGGUUGGUACUGGUAGCAAAGUAGCAAAAGAAAUUCUAGUUGGGGAUACACAAUUGUGUUUCAUACAGUUUUAUAUACGUGGAUAUGUGUGUGUGUGUUUGCUUAAAUAAGUGUGUAAUUUCUAACACUUGCACCUGAAAUCGUCCUAAUACAUAGGAAAUCCACUGCCUGAGAUUGUGAUCCUUUAAGUUAAAGCAUGUUGUAAAUACGGAGACUCUGUGCCCAAACUGGCUUAUGUGAGGAGUUCACCUUGCCCUAAUAUUAAAGUUAAUGUUACGGAAUCAACUGGUUAAGAUUCCUGGCUAGUAGCCCAGAUCACAGAGCAGACUAACCCGAGUUUUAAUGCAAGCUCCUCGGGCAAGUUCCAGAAUUUUACUUAGCUUCCUUUCUUCAUUUUAAAGUGAAAACAGUAUCAGUAAGGCUGUUCGUAUAUGCUGUACAAAAUAACUGCAUGGUAUAUAUGUAAAUAAAUAACCCGUUCCCGACCUACCAAGAGUUAAAACUCUAAACGCUGAAUACCAUUUUAAGCAGCAGACAGGAAGGGGCGGAGCGCCAGCCGCAGCCCCCGCCUCACCGCCGUUAGCGAAGCAGCCGCGGCUACGUCAGGCGCAAGUGUGAGGCCAGCUGCCGCUUAGCCCCCGGCCCCUCCCGGUCACCGCCGUCUGUCGGGGGGUCCGUGGGGUCUACGGUCACCCUGCGCUCCAGGCACCACACCGGACGAGCGGCGACACCGCGUCCAUGGCCACCGCGGCGGCUCCGUCAUCCUUGGCUCUCAAGGCCUCGAGCCUGGCCGCGGCCCCCGGCUCGUACGGGGUCUUCUGCAAGGGGCUCUCCCGCACCCUCCUCGCCUUCUUCGAGCUGGCCUGGCAGCUGCGCAUGAACUUCCCGUACUUCUACAUCGCGGGCUCCGUGGUCCUCAACAUCCGCUUGCAGGUACACUUUUAGAACCCUGAGGAAGCCGCCGGCAUUCCGGGCCUGCAUUAUGGCCGACUCCCAGGAGGCCCCGCGGCGCCGCGGAGCUGAGGGCGAGGAGUCCCGCUGUCUCGCGAGAGUGCCUGGGCUCCCUCCGCGGCUGUGCUCUCCGCUCUCAGCCGAGCUCCUGGAAUGUCACCGAGACCUUGCCGAGAUUACGAAGAGGAAAUAACGCGAUUCCGGCAGCCGAGAAAGAACUUCAGUUAAGACCCACGACAAUAUUUAAGAAAC